AGGAGGUUCAAAGAGCUGAGCCAGCGGGGUGGGAGCAGUUGUCCCAGAAGAGCCUGAAGGAGCAGGACCUGCAGGCAGCAGUUGGACUCCAAGCAGCGCGGCGUGUGGCCGGCAGGAGAGGCUUCCUGCUGGGCUCCAGGAUCCCCUACGAGAGGCUGUGGCCGGCAGGAGGAUCUGAGCAGCGACCUGAGGGGUCCCAGCUCGGCUUCCAGCUUCUCCAGUUAGAGAUCAGGCAGGUUGACGUGAGGCUGGGGCCCAGGAAAGUCAAGACCCCUAGCAGCUUGGAGCAGUGCCAGCGCUGGUGGCCGUGUGGCAGUGCUCUUGCCUGAGCUAACAAGGAGAAAAUCCUUUUGCAGUAGAAAGGAGCCAUUGUGUUUUCCACCUUUCUACUCCUCCAGGCAAGCAAGGAGGUCAAGCCUGGCUCCAGCCUAGCACUAGCACUGAGAAACCUGAGGAGGAAAGCCAAGCAUGCUCGAGCCAUGUGGAAAAAGACUCUGGGGAAACCCAAGCCUGCUUCCCAUGAUGGCCGGGCAGCUCAACCAGCGUCUUCCCAGAUGUCCCAUGCAAGGGGAACCACGAGAAGAACACUUCUUGGACGUCGGGGCCAUGAACAUGAUCAAUCUGAAAAUCCAGUGAAAAGACAGUGCUCUUUUCUUGAGGGUCCAGCAAAACAAGAGCCUGCUACCAAGGUUGGGCAGGAACUUCCACCACCUCCUUCCCAGAGUGGAGACAGCACCGAUGCUGCCAUCUCUGGAGAACAGCCAGGGCAGGAAGAGCCACUGAAGAUGCUUCUUGAGGCUGUACUCCGGCAGUUCCCGCGUCCCGCCGGGAGUACGGACUGACCCGCGGCCCCCAGCUCCCUCCUGGACCUUGUCUGCAGGACGUUGAGCCUGGAGAACUGGAUGUGGGGCUGCAGGGUGUAGGGCAGAAAUGUACACCUGAAAGCUACUCCCCCUGCCUCUCUUCUCCCCCUAUAUAUUGUGUUAGGUUAGGUUAAGUGAUAUUAUAGAGUUUUAUUUCAAAUUAUACUGCAUAGUCAUGAACUUUUUGUAUUUUAUAUUAGUUGAUGUUGACACGAGGACAAAAAGAAGGGUUUUAUCCCAGAUCCGGCUGGAGGGAAUCAGUGUCUGCCCAGGUGUUGCCUUUAUUUUUGAGACAGGUUUGGUGCCGCGACGCCCUGGUUGUAGCCAGAGUUAAACACACGUGAAGACCCAUCCUGCGGCGGCACCCGGGUGGCAGGGGGGAGGAGCGGGGGCCCUGACUUGGGGCUUCCCCCCCCUCCCAAAA